UCAUUUUAUUUUUCUCGUGUCCAUAAAAUUUACUUCUAGAUCCGUCGCAUACUGAAAGUUCUUUUUACUAAGCUUUUUCGCAUCGCCUUUGUAUCAGCUACAUUGAAACUCAUACUAUAAGAACAAAACCUUGAUUCCAAAACUCUCUCACAGAUACACACUCUCUCUCUCUCUCUCUCUCUCUCUCUCUCUCUCUCUCUCUCUCUCUCUCUCUCUCUCUCUCUCAUGACGAGUAGUAGUGGAAGCCUCAAACUAGAGAUCUAUACCGAAGACAAGACGCCAGGAAAGUGGAGCGUACCGCUCAGCGAGGAAGUUUUCCGGAGGUUCUUAAGCGGUGCAGGAGGCUCGGAGAAGGCUGUGUUCAGCGAGGGAUCUAUUUUCAGCCCCUUCUUGUUCGGGAAGUACUUUGAUCCGUCAGAUGCGUUUCCAUUGUGGGAAUUCGAGGCAGAUGUUUUGCUAGCAAGCCUCAGGAGCGUAGGACAGUGUAGAGUCGAUUGGUCGCAAACCGACCAAACUUAUGUCCUUAUAUCUGACCUCCCCGUGGUGGGGAAAAAUAACGUGCAGGUGUACGUGGAUGUUAAUGGAAAAAUGAUGGAGAUUAGUGGCCAAUGGAACAUUAAUAAGAAAACGGCGGCCAACGGCGACUGGAGAAGCGGCCGGUGGUGGGAAUACGGCUACGUCCGCCGUCUAGAGCUUCCCGGCGAUGCCGACCCCCAAAACUCCGAAGCUUUCCUUUCCAACAAAGACGACUACUCUUUCUUAGAGAUCAUAAUCCCCAAGAUUAUUUCUAAGAACAAAUUCUAAUCUGAUGUGUCAUUAUUGGCCCUGGAUGAGUACGAAUUUUAGGUUUUUUCUUACUUAUAGAAUGACUAGUGGUAUUCCGGCGCUAUUCGUCGGGUUCGUAUAUUUUGUGUGAAUUUACAAUUCAUCUUAUGGUCUUAGUAAAGAAACCAUGUUCACAUAAAUAAAAAUGAAAAUACGUCGAAAGAAAAUGAUAUUUUUCCAAUGCAUUUGAUAGUGAUUAAUUAGCAACCAUACUAUAUUUUUUGUUUUGAAAUAGCUUAGUUCAAAGUGGAAUAGCAUAAGUGACUGUGACUAAUUGAUUCAGUAAAAGUAGAAUAAAAAGCCGAUAGUCGUAACAAAUUUAAUUUAGUUAGAAUUUGGACAUAAAGUAAAGUUGAUGUUUUAUUUAGAAAAUAUACUUAUACUGUUAAGUACCAUGUGGACAGUAUAUAGAAGGAACGACAUUUGAAAUUUUAUUUUAGAGAUUAAUCUGAAUUUAAACAUGUAUAAUGAAUUUUUGUUCAUAUAUUCUUCCUUUUUUAGUUUUUGGUAAGAAACUAAUUCUAGCAAUGGAACAUAUUAGGAAAUGAGGAAAAAAAAUUAUAUAUUUUGCUUAAAAUUAAAACAAAUAUUCAAAACAGUAUAUUAAUGAAGUUGAAAAUUGGAACAUAAGAAACUUCCUUAUAAAUGGUAAUAAUGUUGAAUCAUAGAUGACUUUCUUACAUAUGAGACAGCUUAUGUUUGUACGAAGCCAUUAAUUAAUGCAGCGGAAAUGGAAAGUAUGGCCGCAAGUAGAGAGCAUAGAUAGGUUCCAUUGUUGUAAUUUUCGAAGCAUACAAUGCAUGUAUCGUUUUCUUCUUUUGUAGUUGGAGGCCUAUUAGUUCACUCAAGAUCGGUGAUGAUAAGGUCGGCGUCAAGUCUUGUAGUCGCGUUUUGGUUGUAGUACGUGAUGGUAAGAGUAACUUCAAGAUCAUCAGUUAUGUUAUUGUCUUCGGCUGUUAGUAAUUUCAUCACGUAUUGGUUGUCUCUUGAAUAAGCAGGGUUGAGUCGGGGUUGUCUAUUUCAUGGUAUGUUAAUAUGAAUUUUGUGCCCUCAAUUGUUGAGUCAUUAAAAUUACCUUUAUGGUCAGUGAUAGAUGGUAGCUGGAAAUGAUAGAUUGUUGUGUAUUGGGUUGUGGAUGUAGAUGUGGAGUGUGCGUCAGAGAUUUGCUCCUGAAAGUCUUGUUUAGUGUGAGAACUUAUAAGAGAGAAAUUGUUUGUUACUCAUUCUUUGGUUAUUUAUGUAAGUUCAAAAUUGAAAGCAAUGUAAGGUGUUAUAGCUAUGUCUUAUAGAUAGUGAGUUUAAGUUAUCGAUUUUUUUUUAUUUCUUGUAACAUUUUGUUUAAAAGACCAUUUAUUCAGAAGCGUUUGUUUUUUUUAGUCAAUGGUUUGGGAUAAAAUGAAUGUUUUUUACGUUAUAUUGUUAAUUUUUAUAAAAAUUAUCUAUGAUAAGUUUUAUUUAGUGUGGAUUUGUAAAAGAGCAUCAUAGUAUAUAUUUUUAAUAUUGACGUUUCAUUUUAUUAAUAAUAUAACUAUUAUUUAUAACUUGUUCGAGAUUCUUAUUUUUUAAUUAAGAAACAAUAUUUUUAUUAUUUAUUUUAAAGUUUUCUUAGGAUGCUUAUUUUUUAAACCAAUUGAAUCAUAUAAAGAAGCUUCUGCUAAUUUAACUUAUUUUUGUUUAAUCGGCAAGAAAUCAUAAGUCAGGUUUUCGUUCUUAUGAUCUUACUGGGGCCCAUCCUUUCCUCAAGUUCGUUUGCAAACUUGAUAUCUUGCAUAUUUUCAUUGUCUUAUCCAUUCAUCCAUGUGCAUUUUGAUCAUAUAGACUAGGAUUUAGCCAUGUUUAGGUUGCAUUUUGCAUACAUGAGUCCUUAUCAGGUAUUGGAGUACCACAUGGAGUUCUUGGAGACAUUUGAGUGCAUUUGGAGCUCAAAAGAGGUGAUAAAGGUGAUUAUUGGACUAGCAGUGCAUGAGAGCGACCUCACCGGAGCGACACCGUGAAGUCGCUGUGACACCCUUUCAGAGCGACUUGACCGGAGCGACACAGAGAGGUCACUCGCGUCUCCAUCACCCGGAGCGACGCGGCCUGGAGCGACACAGCGAGGUCGCUCGUGUCUCCAUCACCCGGAGCGACGUGACCGGAGCGACACAGCGAGGUCGCUCGCGAAGAGCGACCCAGAGCGACGUCUCGCAGCGACCCCUCCAGGUCGCUCCCGAAGCCUGAAGCAACCUCCCGGAGCGACCACUGGAGGUCGCUGCGCGCCUUCUGUUUGCUCGAAUUCAUUUCUACUCAAGGGCCUUUUGGUCAUUUCAUUAUGCACGUUUUUACUUCUGAAAACCUAUGUUUUAAGUACUUUUGGCAGCGACCAGACAGAAUAUCUUUGUUCUAAGAAAAACUUUUGGAAAGUU